AUGGCGACUCGGCUGGCGGCGCGGAGCUUCCGAACACCAUUGGCCCACCACCGCUGCCGCCCCCGGCUUUUGCUGCAGUCGCCUCAGGCGGGGCCGAAUUCGGCGCGUCCCUUCGCAAGCCGCCUCAACAGCGCCGGGCCCGGUAUGGCAGCGCUGGCCGGUUCCUUGGUGCGUUCCGAAGGCUUCGUGGGAGGCCGCUGGGUGCAGGCGGCAACCGCUUUCCCGGUGCGGGACCCGGCCAGCGGCGCUGAAUUGAGCCAGGUGGCCGACUGCGGGGUGGCCGAGGCUCAAGCCGCGGUGAGGGCCGCCUACGAGGCUGGAGCUGCAUGGAGCGCAGUCUCCGCUAAGGAAAGAGCUGCUUUACUUCGUAAAUGGUACGAUUUGAUGAUAGAGAAUAAAGAUGACCUUGCAAAGAUCAUUACAGCAGAGAAUGGGAAACCACUGAAGGAAGCACAGGGUGAAAUUCUUUACUCUGCUUCCUUCUUGGAAUGGUUUGCUGAAGAAGCUCGGCGCAUUUAUGGGGACAUCAUUCCAUCUUCUGCAAAAGACAGAAGAGUCCUGGUACUGAAGCAGCCUGUGGGAGUUGCUGCCAUCAUUACUCCCUGGAAUUUUCCAAGUGCUAUGAUUACAAGGAAAGUGGGUGCUGCUUUGGCAGCUGGCUGUACAGUGGUGGUGAAGCCAGCAGAAGAUACACCUUUAUCUGCUUUAGCACUUGCAGAGCUUGCAAAUCAGGCCAGAAUUCCUGCAGGAGUAUACAACGUUGUUCCGUGUUCUAGAAAACAGGCAGCAGCGGUUGGGGAAGUGUUGUGCACUGACCCCUUGGUGGCUAAAAUCUCUUUUACUGGCUCAACGGCUACAGGAAAGGUAUUGCUGUGCCAUGCAGCUGGCACUGUGAAGAGGGUCUCCAUGGAGCUUGGAGGACAUGCUCCGUUCAUAGUGUUUGACAGCGCUGAUGUAGACAAAGCAGUUGUAGGAGCUUUCAUUUCUAAAUACCGAAACUCAGGCCAGACUUGUGUAUGUUCAAAUCGUUUCUUGGUGCAAAAAGGGAUCCAUGAUGCAUUUGUAGAAAAGUUUGCACAAGCCAUUAAGAAAGAUCUUCAUAUUGGCCAUGGGUUUGAUGAAGGGACUACCCAGGGGCCGCUCAUUAAUGAAAAAGCUGUGGAAAAAGUUGAAAGACACAUUCAUGAUGCAGUUUCCCAGGGAGCAUCCAUAGUUACAGGAGGAAAAAGGCACAGCUACGGGAAGAAUUUCUUUGAGCCAACUCUACUCAGUAAUGUCACAACAGACAUGCUGUGUACACAAGAGGAGACGUUUGGUCCUUUGGCUCCAGUUAUCAAGUUUGAUACAGAGGAAGAAGCUCUUGCCAUUGCAAAUUCAGCCAAUGUGGGUUUAGCAGGCUAUUUCUAUUCUCAAGACCCUGCCCAAAUCUGGAGAGUUGCAGAGAAGCUGGAGGUUGGAAUGGUUGGUGUUAAUGAAGGAAUUAUAUCUGCUGCGGAGUGCCCUUUUGGUGGCGUAAAGCAAUCUGGGCUAGGAAGAGAAGGUUCAAAAUAUGGUAUUGAUGAAUAUUUGGAAAUAAAAUAUGUCUGUUUUGGAGGUUUACAAUAGCCAUUUGUUAGGAGUCUCUAACCAAUGCAAGGCUAGAAAACAGUGUUUUAGAAUAUUCAUAAGCUUUGUAUAGCAAGAUCACUUGUUCGCCCCCUCCCCUCUUAAAAUGGGAGUAAUCAUGUUUAUGUGUGGAGCUGUUUUUACUUAGCACUGUGGCAAUAUUUGUAAACCAACGACUUUGGAAUUACAUUUGUGUAUAUAGAUCAGGGGUGGGCAACUUGUGGUCCUCUCAAUGCUUUGGCCUACAGCUCCCAUGAUCCUUCACCAUUGUCUAUGCUGGUUAGGGCUGAUGAGAAUUGUAGGUCAAAAUAUCUGGAGGGCUACAAGUUGCCCAACCGUAAUAUCAAUGGCAAGAAUAUAGAUCUGCUUAUACCUGAAUUAUCCAUCUUAAUCAUAAUGCAGGGACAGAUCAUGUUUGUUACUGAUCUUACUUCAGAGGAAUUAGGAAAUCUUUACUAAUUAACAGAGCAGCAAAAAGGUGCUUCUCUGUGAUUUUUUCUUUCAGGUGGAGCAUUAUGGAAGUGAUGGUAUAUUGAAUAAUUGUGCCAAAUAUUGAAUUUGAUUCUCUUUCUAACUUGCCUUUUCUGGUUGUCUGUCUUGAAACUUCUAGAAGAAUUUAAUGCUGUCAUGCAAAGGAAUAUUCCACUUUUUUCAUAUUAUUCUUCAACUGUUGGCUGGAGCUCAAAUGUCCUUGCAGGCAUAGGUAGAGUUCCGAAAGAAUACCUUCCUGUGACUUACGAUUUAUGGAGACACUUGUGAUUUGUGCCUAGUAAGUGAGUCUUGUGACCAAAUAUUAUACAUUUAUACAACAGCACAAAGAUUUGAGCAACCACCAUUGUGGGAAAAGACAGUCCCAGCCUGGGUUUCUCUAGAUAUUUUGGACUUCAACUCCCAUCAGCCCUAGCCAGCAUAGCCAAUGGUCAUGCAUACUGGGAGGCAUAGUCUAAAGCAUCUGGAGAGCACUAGGUUGGGGAAAGAUGCUUUAGAUAUUCUUGGAGGUAGUCAUUAAUUGUGUUGAUGAACACAAAUGCACAAUAGACCCAAUCAGACCUGACUGGGUAAGCAGUCCUAUAAGGAAGAAAUGACCUGGUUCACACAACAUGAAAGUCCAUCAUGGGUUAAUUUAUUGGUGGAGGUUGUCAUGUUGUGCUUGGUGCCCAUGGCCACCAUCUUUGCAUGGUGCCCAUGGAUGCCCAACAGCCCACGCAAGCAAAUUAAUCCAGAGUGGACUGUCACCUUGUGUAACUAGAUCACUUUUUAAUUUAAGUGGCACAAUACAUGGGCUCACAUUUCCUUAACCUGGAUAUACCCAUUGCACUAUAAUAUCACUCUGACCCUUAUGUCUAUUCCUACACAUGAAUCCCCAGAUAUUACUCACAGCCAAGUUAUAUUUCCUCGGUGGAAGGCCAGUCUGCCCCUCAUUCUAGAGAUAUAUGGAAAGCAGGCAGUGUACGUAGUUUUAGUCCCAGCAAGACAAGCAUUUUGCAAGCUUGGAGGAGGCAAAAGAAAAUCUAUGGGGGAGGACUUUAAAACUUCCUGGAGCUGUUGAGUUACAGUUUGAGUAACACCUAUUUGUACACUUGGUAUACCAAAUGUUAUUUCUCUUCCAUUUAAUUUACUAUCGCCAUUUAUGACAGGGAUGGGCAACCUGGUGCCUUCCAGAUGUUUUGGACUACAACUCCCAUAAAAUGUAGGAGGCAUGAGCAAUAAGAAUUCUGGUUGUCCGAAGUAUCUGUAGGACACCGGGUUGCCUUCUCUUGGUUUAAGAGGAUACCUAAAUAAGAGCACUUUGUUGCCUCCUCUGGCUGUUGAGUUUCUUGUGUUUCCUGCUGACAUCAAUUAGCCUAAGUUGGAUGUUCCAUCAGAUCCUUUUAGUAUGAGCUACUGGUACAUUUGGAAGACGAUGAAAAUACUUGUUUAACAGUGGCAUAUUAACACUGCUGCAUUAAAUGGAACAUGCACUUUAUUUACAUUGCAAAACUUCAUUUGAAGUUCUGCACUAUAUUUUUAAGAGAAGUUUGAUAUAUUCAAACCUAUCAGAUAUGUCCAAGAUCCAAAGAGCUGCUUUAGUUGAACCCAAGGGCUGAACAGGUGGGGUUAUAAUGUCUUUGUUCUUGAACUGCAAGCUGCUCUACCAUAUCACAGCCUGCUUUUGAGAGACAUCAUUAGUCUUCAGAAAUCGCCUGCAAUGUACAUGAGAGUCUACUGUUCAGGAAGUGCAAAUCCAGACCUCCUUUGGGGACAUAGAACUCAUUGUAUGGUUCCUUUGAUUUUUGUGUAUUCACCAACUUCUGUAUUUGACAAGGUUCAGCUGAGCUUAGUUUGAAUUAAUUUGUACUACCAGACAGCUAUUGCUUCUGCUUUGACUUAUUAGGAAUAGAUAGGCCAAAUCCUGGCACUUCUAAAAAGCACAUUUUGUAGCAAUAACUGCUACUCUUCAAAAAAAAGAAGAAGAAAAUCAAGCAUGUUGUGCCUAAUGCUUGAUAGCUAUGCCAGCAAACUGAGUAGUUUAUGAAGUAAUCAUUGUGCCAGGUGGGGUUGAGGGAAAACUUAUAAAAAUUACAAUGUAUAAUAUGAAGGCUUUUUGGGGUUUGUGUCUUUUUUUGCCUUUUGUGGCUUUAUAGGUUAAUAACACAGACUGAUCUUCAGCUUUUGCAGAAACAUCUGUAAAUAUUGCCUGCCGUUUCAGCCCAACAUAUGAAGGUAAAUUCCGAUGGCCAAGUGAUUCACAUGGCUGUACCAAACAUUUGCUGAAAACUAGCUAAUAAUAAUAAUAAUAAUUUUUAAAAAAUAGAAGAUGAGGCAUUAUCUAAUAGAGCAUUAAUGCCCCUUGCCAAUUCUCCUACACCUUGCAGAUUCCCUUCUGCCAGGAAGAUCCACUGCUCAUGCAAGGGAGGUUUCGUGCUUCUGGGGGCAGCUUGAAAAGAGCAGAAAAACUCGUUUCUGGAAGGAGCAGGUCAGCAGAGCUUGCAUAAGGGUUCUGGAAGGACCUCCUCUAGGAAGUGCUGGAUCUCCCUUGUGUAAGCAGUGGAUUUCACUUGCACAAUGGAAUCAGUAGGACCCACUGCUUGUAGAAGAAAAUCAGUAGGGCAGAAGGUGGGGCGGGGGCAUAAGCCCCCCCCCCCCCCCCCGUUGGAUUCUGCCCAUGAAGCCAUUCUCAAAUUUUGCUUUCCUUGAGGUAAUGGCUAUGAUUUGGCAUGUGACUGGAAAAAAUAGUGAUUUCUUUUAAAAGACAAAACACCCCAAAAUUAAUAAUAAUAAUAAUAAUAAUAAUAAUAAUAAUAAUUAUUAUUAUUAUUAUUAUUAUUAUUAUUAUUAUUAUUAUCCUGCCUUUUUCCCAGCACUGGGACUCAAGGCGGUUAAAAACUCAAAACUCUAUAAAUCAAAAGCUUGUCAAGAUUUUAAACCUAGGAGAAUAAAACAAACCAUCUAUGAGAAGCACAAACUGUUCACAGUGUGUAACAAAAUACUAAUAGUCUUCCUAAGAAAUUAGGGCUGGAUCAGGUUGGUUAAAUAUAAUUUUUGUGUGUAUGUUUACCAAUUUUGAUGUGAAUGUAUUAAAGUGUUUAUACUGUGAUCCCUUAAUAGAAGGAGAUACUUGAAUUCUUACAUUUUACCUUUGUUGGCUUGUUUUUUUCCUAGCAAGUUUGUUAACUCUCAUGUCUAUUAAAGAAAGAACUGUUAAUAUAA